AUGUUAGCCAAUCAGAAGCUUCUAAUUGAGACCAUGCAGGCAUGUCACAGGCACAAUGAGAACAUACUUUCGCUGGUCAGCAAAGUGUGCGCCAAGAUGAGUCUGGCAGACAUCGGCUCCGAGUGUGAGCAGGUUCGUGAAGUUCUGAAGGACACUGGCACCAUGUUCUCAACUCUUCAAGAUGCCUCAACUGCGGAUUUAUCACAAGUCUUGGGCGAUGUGAAGAAGUACGCUGCCGAAGUGGUGACGCAGGAGUCUCGCGAGAUGCAGUCGGCUCUGCACAAGAAAACCGAUGCCCUAACCCAGGACGUGAACGAACGCUUCAAGAAGCUUGAGGCCCGGGUGCUCUCUGACUUGGGUAGUGGUGAAGGUGAACCGAAGGGUACGAAGGGUGACAGCCAACUCCUGAAGAAGAUGACAAAUCGGAUGAGUGACUUUGAAUCUCAAGUUUCUGCACAAAUCCAGCAGCUGACCCAGGAUGUGGAGAAGAAGAUUUCCUUCUUGGGCUCUCAGCGUGCAGGUGCCGACACCGUACCAGGUUUGGAAAGCUUAGCACAGGAUGUGGACACGGUGAAGUAUGACAUUGGAGAGCUGAAGGACUUGUUGAACGGCACCAAGAACGACACUUCCCAAGUUAAGCGAAUUGUAUUGGCUUGCGAGAGGGAUAUGGAGGAUUUUACCGCUGCCAUGGAUGCCGUGAAUGUGGAUUUGGACGAGAUGCGUGCACGAGUGGAUUCGACGCAUUCCAUUAUCACAUCUCGGCAGCGCGUGGAGGCGACGGUCACCGCUGAGAUUUCCACAAUCCGAUUGGACAUGGGUGACAUGCAAGAGGCAUUGAAAGCGCACGAUGCCUGGAUGGAGGAUGUCUCCCAAAGUUUACAGGAGGUUCACGAACGCUGCCAGCAGCUUUCAGAGGACAUCGGUGAACAUGCACAAAACACUCAAGCAAAACUCGAAGCGAAAACCGACGUCACUGCGUGGAAUGACAUGAACGACGACAUCGAUUCCUCUAUCAAGACUGUAAGGGAUAUGGCAUCAGCCCUCCGUUUGGAGGUUGACAGCAGGCGACGCAAGGUUGAUGAAGAUGUGGGAAGCUUGCGCGAGCAGCUUAAAACUUUGGCCGAGAGGGUGGACGCCAAUGCUUCAAACAUUCAGCGCUAUGUGGAUGACACGCACCAGAUUGUCUCGCAGCGUUUGGACGAACGUGUGCAGCACUGCAAGGCAUUUCGCUUGGCUUCCUGGCCUUCCAUAUUGACGUCUCAGCUGGAAGCACACCUGCAAAAGCAAGACGAAGAUUUGCACAAGGAGGUGAACGAUCGCAUUGAUGGACCCUUGGACUUCGACGGGUCCAUGUUGUUGCAGCCGUUUCAGCGCCUACAAUCAAAGACUUUUGGGAAGACGAACUUCGUGGGUACAGGAUUCGAUGCCGCGUUCCGCGCCCGAGCUUUGCUGGCAGAGCCUUUUGGCGCCUCUUUCAGUUCCAGAGCCGAGCUCUAUGCAAGGUGGGCCAACGGAGCAGUUUAG